ACGGAGCAAGAGUGUAUCUCGCAUUUGAUUGGGUUAAAGUUGCUACUCAUGCGUGCACAAAUUCCGAAACCAAUUUCAUGGCGGCAGGCUUGACGUGGUACUUGGUAUAGGUAGCAACUUACGGCUCCAUUUGUCAAAUUAGAAAGUAAUUCAGAUAGAUCAUAUUAAAUGAUAAACAAGAGACAUUGACAGAGAUGACGUAUUUUAAGUUUAAAGUCUUAUACUGUGCUCUAAGUGUACUUACUGUAUUACAAUGUUGCUUGGGUUUCGAAGCAACUCCUUCGUCAAAGGAAUCAGAAAACCAAAUGCUCGAAGAUGGUCGGAGAGAGUAUAAUAUGAUCAAAUCUGAGACCACAAGGCCUCGAUAUGGACAGUGUUGGAAAGAAGCGCUGACUGCCCUAGAAACUGGCUGUAAAAAACUCACGGACGAAGUUCAGCAUCGGCUUGCCGCAAAGUUUACAAACUGUUUUCUGGAAAAAAGUGGGAGGCCAACUUACCAUUGCUCGGAUGAUGAUGAGCUGGAAAAAUGCACCAAGCAGAUGGACGACUCUGCUUUCUCUGCAUACACAAACUUUUUCACACACACGCAGAACAUAUGUUUCUUUCUGCAAAGCCAGGUUUGGCAGGAAGAUACAGAUAGGACCAUCUCUAACCUGGCCGAUACUUCAAAAACCGUAGCAAAGCAGCUGCAAGAGUCUAACGAAAUACAGUCUGAGAUAAUCAGUCGACAAAAGGAAGCUUUGGAAAAUCAGCAAAACUUGUUGCUACAAGGUGAAACCUUAGGGAAGACUAUCGAAACAUCCUCUGGCAAUGUGCGCAGUCUUCUUCAAGAUUUUCAAAAGUCCACGCAUGAACAGCGUGCGAUGAUUGGGGAGGUGUUUGACAGGGUCAGUCGACUUCAGAGUGUGGUCCUAGGGGAAUUCACAGGUUUCUAUUCCCUGAUAUUUUAUGCCCUGACCAUCAUAAUCUCCUAUCUGAUCACGUCCACUCCACGGUCAAGUGGAGCCAGAUUCUGGCUGUUUCUGACCAUGACCACCAAUAUGGUAUUUGAGAGACUUGUGGUCUUCUACAGUGGAGAGGACCCUAAAGUACUUAACAGUGUGAUCUGGGAUGCCAGUACUACUGUCUACAGUCGUUUGUGGAUGUGUAGGAAAAUCUUCUGCACUGCUGCUCUGGGCAUCCUUGGUGUGUGCUGGUAUAGGUACAGGGACUACAACAAGAUAAACAACCAACUCCUACUGGAAAUAAAGAAACAGAAUUCUGAUUUAAAGCACUUUGUUCAAACUUUGAGUCCCACUAAUCAUGUAGGCUUUGAUUAUAAUGACAGCCCACUGCCAGCUCUCCAAUCUCCUCACUCUUCAUUAGGAUCUAUUGUAACAUCAAUUAAUUCAACAGGGGGUGUGAUGUCAUCAUCAGUGAACCCAGUCGCUGUGACCUCAGCGCCAUCUGUGAUCAGUUCUGGAGGGAUAUUUUUGAGCAGCAGUUCAUCGGACAGUUUGGGGCAGCUGGGAGGUUACGACUCGGAUUCAGACUCAGACACAGACUCCACUGUAACCACGGCCACGGAUCGCACCUUCACCCCAGAUGAUGUUGACCAGGAUAACUUCAGUGAUUCUGACACUGACAGCUACUACAGUUCACUAUCAAGACAGAGUAGAGAGAGCACUCCAUUGCUGAGACAGGAACUACAGGAUCUCAUGCGGGAGUCUCCAUUCAGAGAGAUGUUUAGAGAAACAACACCAGAUGUCUCCACCAGUUCAGCCUCCCCGAGUAGAAGAAGAGGAAGGCCUCCCAAAUCAGCUAUUCAAGGCAGGAGAUCACUUACAAAUACAAUUCCUAGUACAACUAUGCACUACAACCUGCGUCCUAGAGGACACCUUAGUUCAGGUACAAACCCACUCACAGAGGUGGAAAGUCCAGAAAGUUUUAGCAGGAAAAUCAGAAGUCUUGCGAGACAGGCCUAUAAGAACAGUAUGAAGCUCAGAUUCAGUAUCCAACCACAUGAAGAAACCUCUGGAUUUUUUUCUUCGGAUGAGGAUCAUUGAUGUUUGAAAUGGGGAUUGUUGUGCUAAACUACAGAAUACAGAUAGGUUGUGAUAUUUGUUGAGCUCGAGUAUCUCAGCUGUGAAGCAGAGGCAGUGAGUACCCAUGGCAUUUGUGUGGGAGGAAUUAUAAGAUUUAAAGCCAAAACAACAUAACAGACUCAACAAGAUAAGGUGACAUCCUACAAAACCAAGGAAACAGUCAAAGUUCUGUUCACCAUAAAAGGAUUGUGUGCAAGUAAAGACUCCCUAGGGACAGUAGAAAUAAUUCAUAGUUCAUAAUUAAAAGGAGAUAGAAAUAUUCAAAAGAUCAGACAUGUUAAUUAUCUAUCUUCCUUGAAGGUGAGAAGGGCUGUUCUUGAGAGUUGUGUAGAUUAAAUGAAAAAAAGCUAUAGAAAUGGAAUUGGAAUGUGAAGUUAAAUUUUCACAUUCACAUUCUACCGAUAUGCCUGUGAUAAUAGA